UGCGAAAAAGAGCGACACGCAGCAAUAUGGCGCCUACUACAGAAGAUGUUGUGGACUUUCAGAAAGAGAUUUUUGAGAAAAUCAGCAAGAAUGAAGUAUGCGAGCUCAAGACGUUGUUGGCGCAGAAGAAGGUCAAAAUGGAUUUUGUCGAUGAGAACGGCAUGAGCCCGCUCCAACACGCCUGUUACAAGGGAAACAAGGAAAUCGUGCAACUACUCCUCGAUCAAGGUGCUGAUGUAAACGCGUGUCAACACGAACACGCAUAUACCGCUCUUCAUUUCGCUGCUUUAAGCGGAAAUGCUGAACUAUGUCACCUUCUGAUGUCGCACGGAGCACGCUUGACGGCAACAAACAGCGUGGGUAGAACGGCUGCGCAAAUGGCAGCGUUUGUGGGAAAUCACAAUUGCGUGGCGACUAUCAACAACUUUAUUCCGAAGGCUGACAUAGAUUAUUACAUUAAGCCACAGGGCUUACAGACCGAGCCCAUGCUACCGCCACAUCUAGCAGAUUACUUCCAUAAAUUUAUAAUGCACGUUAACGUGAAUCCUGUACGUGUAUGCAUGAAUCUGCAAAGACUCCCUGCACUUCUGGAGAAUGCAACAAAAGUACAAAAAGUAUUAGAAUCCAUGCGCCAUAAAGAAAUGACGCGAGGUGCAGAAGUAAAUGAGGUAAUGGCUUUCAAAUACCAUUACCUCAGUUGUGUUGUGACCGAGGUGGUGAAAUGUCAAAAGCGUCAAGAAGCUUUGAAGGCAGAAAAAGGGAGCGAGAAAGGGAAUGAGGAAGGUGAAGAAAAGAAGUCUGAUACUGUGGAACUGUUGAUACGAAGGUUUCUAAAAUGCAACAAGAACGAUGGUCUACCGGAGUAUCAAGAGGCAUUUUUGCGGGAAUCCGUAAGAGAGUUUCCGUUCCGAGAGAGCACGAUCUUCCGCCAGAUGGUGGCUACGUUGGCGAGCACGGAUCCGCCGUCUGCAGCUUCCGUAAUCUCGGCUGCGAUUAAUGGGCAGCGAGGCUUCUGUGACAACGCUCAGACUUGCGUGACAUGUGGCGAGGACAAAGCCACAAAAAAAUGCAGCAAAUGUAAAGCAGUUCAGUACUGUGAUAGAGAAUGUCAGAGAUUACAUUGGUUCAUGCACAAAAAGGCGUGCGCUAGAUUGGGUCAGCAACCCUCAACGAACAACGGAAAACUCACGGAUGUAGAUAAGGAGCAGAUCAGUAACGCUGUCGGCUCCAGGCUGCAAAACUUAGCCGUUCAAUAAAUAUGUAAUGUGUACAGAUUUAAUAUUGACAGUUCUGUUUGGACUGCACUAUAUCUGCGGAUGUUUAUUUUUUCCUGUAUAUAGCCGUUCUAUGUAGAAUUGGUGGAUCUCCGUAUGAUUGUGCCUACCGUAUUUGUGGAAGCUAUAACAUUACGCGUCACUAUUUUUCGUAUAUAAAUACAAAUUAUUGAAAAUAUGUAAAGUUUUAAUUAAUAAUCACGUAUUAAUAUCUCAUUUUUAACUUUUCGAUCCGUGACAAUCAGUUAAAUAACUUUAACGAGAGAAAAAUUAAACUAAAUUAUAAUAAGUUUUUAAUUGUACAAAAAUGUGAUGUUUUUAUUCCUAUACGCGACUCUAAGCUGCCAGAUUUUUGUGAACUGACUGAUUUUUAUAUGUUUUCUACUUAUACUUUGACAAAUGAAAAAUUGCCAAACUUAUAAGUUAUUAUUCUUGACGAUGUGUGUACUCAGUUAAAAAUAUCUGUCAAUAUUUGAGAUGUGUCUUUGAAAACUUUUAUUGUGAUCUGUCUGUCAGAAUAAAGCACACUUACAAUUGAUAUAAUACAAUAAAUGCAUCCUCUCCAGUGUAUUGCUGCUAACUUGUAAAAAAGUACUUAAAAAUCUAUUAAGAAAUUAUAUUAAUAGUUCUCUCCCAUAUACUUUUGAUCGCAAAAUUAUCAAUAUAUUAUAUUUAUCGAGGUUACUUGUUUCAAUCGAUUCAAAAGUAAAAUUAUGUUAUUGCAUAAAUUUAAUUUUAUGUCAAGCAUCUCGUACACAUUACAAUAGAACUUGCGUCUACUAAUAAUGGAAAAUUACGUAUUCACAUCGCAUCUUUCAUCAUCACGUUAAACGUUUUGUCAAUCGUAAAGGAAUGUACGCACAAUAUUCCCUUAAAAGUAAUUUCUCAGCGCAAACGAUCGCAUUUUUCACGCCAAACUUCGAUUUUUACCAUUUUGCUUUAAGAUUUAAAUUCAAUUGGCGGGACUUUCUCCCUGCACUAAGUCGUGAACAUCUAUGAAGUUUCAAACUUUCACCUCAAACAGCGAAUCCAAUCGUUGCGUUUCGCGUUGCGUAAAUAUUAUAGCAAUAGUUUUUGAUGGUACAUACGUGUCAUCGUAUCCGUAAUAAUUCUGCCUACUGUAUAAUUUUCGUUUUCCUACGUAUGAAAAAGAUAAAUACGUGAUAUUUUUAAAAAUAAUACUUUCUAUUGAUAAUUCAGUAUAUAUUUUGUCUAACAAAUUUAACAUUAAUGGUAACUUUAUUAUGUGUAUAGCAUAUAUGAAAUAAAUGAAACACC